AUGGCUGUGCGCACGGGCACUGACACGACUGGGCACGCAGGUGAGGGAACGUAUGCGACGGUCUUCAAGGGGCGCUCGCGCACGACAAACGAGGUCGUGGCGCUAAAGGAGAUCCACCUCGAUGCCGAGGAGGGCACGCCGUCGACGGCGAUCCGCGAGAUCUCGCUGAUGAAGGAGCUGCGGCACGUCAACAUCGUGCGGCUGCACGACGUCAUCCACACGGAGAGCAAGCUCAUGCUCGUGUUCGAGUUCAUGGAGCAGGACCUCAAGAAGUACAUGGACAUCCACGGCGAGCGCGGCGCCCUCGACCCGACGACGGUGCGCAGCUUCAUGUUCCAGCUGCUCAAGGGCACGGCCUUCUGCCACGAGAAUCGCGUGCUGCACCGCGACCUGAAGCCGCAGAACCUGCUGAUCAACAAGCGCGGCGAGCUGAAGCUGGCCGACUUUGGUCUGGCGCGUGCGUUCGGCAUUCCCGUCAACACCUUCUCCAACGAAGUCGUGACGCUGUGGUACCGCGCGCCCGACGUGCUGCUCGGCUCGCGCACGUACAGCACGAGCAUCGACGUGUGGAGCGCCGGCUGCAUCAUGGCCGAGAUGAUCAGCGGCGUGCCGCUCUUCCGCGGCCGCGACAACAACGACCAGCUCAACCAGAUCCUGCGCAUCCUCGGCACGCCCGACGAGAACACGAUCAAGCGCCUCGUGAACGACUCGCCCGAGAUCCAGAUCCGGCCCUUCCCGCGCAUGCCCAAGGUGCCCUUCCAACAACUCUACCCCAAGGCACACCCGCUGGCGAUCGAUCUGCUCGAGAAGCUGCUCAAGUUUGACCCGACGCAGCGCAUCUCGGCCGACGAGGCGCUGCGCCACCCCUACUUCACCACGAGCCACGCCAUCAGUGGACAGCAGGGUCAGGGCCAGCAGCAACAACAGGCGCAGCAGCAGCAGCAGCCCCAGGGGCAGGCGCAGAAUGGAGGGUGGGCACAGGUGCGUGUCGCUCGUGGCUGA